AUGUCAGCCCGGCAUUUGAAUCGCACGACAAAUUUUGACCCUUUCGUGUCAGACCAUUACUAUCAAGCCUGUCUAGAAAAGUUAAUUCCUGCGCUGGACAACCACAGUGUUACGAUGGAUGAUGAUUUGCUAGCUGCUACUGUGAUUUUACGCUUGCUGGAAGAGUUUGACGUUCCACUCGCCGGGUCCGAUAUUCGAGGCCACUCCUUCGGGACAAAGGCUUUCAUACGUGGUCCAUCAAUGAUGACCACAACUCCAAGCCUACGGCAGGCUGUGUACUGGAGUGGCCUCCGCCAGGAGAUCUACAAUGCCCUUAGUCUCCACCAGGCUCCAGAUAUCGAUUUGAGGUCGCUGAAUUUGAAUUCCCAGUUUAGCUCGCUGGGCCCCGAUGCAGGUGACUGCACGUGGGCAAACCAAGCAAUCACUCAUUGUGCCGACGUUUUGGUCUUUUGUUUCGGGGAGGGACCGCGCUCAGUCGCUGUGCAUGCAGAGCUUAAGGCACAUAAUCAGCAAUGGAGUGAGACUCGGCCGGACUCUUUCGACCCUUAUUUUGUGGGCGAAGAGGUAGAAGUGGGACUUAAGUUGCCCGACAUUCGUUACGGGUGCCCCUGGCAUGCAAUCGGCAAUCAAUAUAUCAAUCUUGCCCAGAUCUUGCUUUCUGUGCAUGACCCGAGCAUACCUACGGUUGGACCUCUGCGCAGGCGUCUGAUCCAAGAAGCUGAUGUUUUCAUCCGCAGGGGAGUGUGGACAGUAUGUGGCGCUUCAUUAUCCAAUGCAUCUGUGCCCCCAGCCAUGGUUGUCGGGUGCAUGGCCAUUCAUCUUUGCGGCGAUCGCUUCACGGACCCACAUGAACAGGAGCUUUUGACCCAGGUGCUUAUUCAAAUGGAUACACUUCAUGGCUGGCCAACCCAUGCACUCCAGCGACAGCUCCGGGAGACGUGGGGCCUGCGUUGA